GACGAAACACCACGCACACACCCCCAAGUAUUCGAUUUCCUCCUCUCGUUGAAGAACAACGCCCAUUUAGUCCACUGAGAGGCCAUUUAUCUCAAUCCCCCUGUCGUUUCCCGAUCUUUAGCUUCUUUCGAGUUCGACGUGAGAGGCAGUACUGCUCUUACUCCCACCUUCAUUCUUCUCUCGUUAUCCUUUUGCUUAUGGUUUCUCAGCCACACGAAUUCUCUCUUCUCAUCUGAAUAUUCACAGCCAAGUCUUGCUCUUUUUUGCUUCUUGGUAGAUCAGUGUUUGGGACUACUCACUAGGGGACGAUGGCGGCGCUACCGCAAUCGUUUCCAACUGCAAAACUUUGCCGUGCUGCUUUGCCGGCCAAGGGAAGCAUCCUAUUUGGGAAUAUUUCUGGGGUUUCAAGUAAAUUGAGGCCGAGGAUUAGGUCGAGUCGGAAGGGAUGGUCUUCGUCUUCUGUUAGGGCUGUCCUUGAUUUAGAAGGAUCUGGUGUGACUCUCAAGGCUUCCAAGAUUGAUGCUUGUCGUGGUGAUCGGUCAAAGGUUGCAAAUUUGGAUGAUAUCAUAUCAGAAAGAGGAGCUUGUGGAGUUGGAUUCAUUGCAAAUUUACAAAAUGAAGCAUCCCACCAGAUUGUUGAAGAUGCACUUUCAGCUCUUGGCUGCAUGGAACAUCGAGGGGGAUGCGGGGCAGAUAAUGAUUCCGGUGAUGGGUCUGGAGUGAUGACCACUAUCCCUUGGGAUCUUUUAAAUGAGUGGGCCACCAAAGAAGGCCUUCCCUCCUUGGAGAAGUCCAGCACUGGUGUAGGGAUGGUCUUUCUUCCCAAAGAUGAGAUAUUCAAGGAUGAAGCAAAAAAUGUUAUCACAAAGACAUUAAAUGAGGAGGGACUGGAAGUUCUUGGCUGGAGGCCAGUUCCCAUAAAUGCAAGUGUGGUGGGUUACUAUGCAAAAGAGACAAUGCCUAACAUACAGCAAGUUUUGGUAAAAGUCCCAAAAGAGGAAAAUGUUGAUGACAUUGAAAGAGAGUUAUAUAUCUGCCGGAAACUAGUGGAGAAGGCAUCAAAAUCUGAAGUCUGGCAAGAUGAACUCUAUUUAUGUUCUUUAUCUAAUCAAACUAUAGUAUACAAGGGUAUGCUUCGCUCUGAAGUUUUGGGCCAAUUUUAUUUGGACCUCAAAAAUGAUCUUUAUAAGUCUGCUUUUGCCAUCUACCAUCGAAGAUACAGUACUAAUACUAGUCCUAGAUGGCCUCUUGCACAACCGAUGAGAUUACUUGGUCAUAAUGGGGAGAUCAACACUAUACAGGGAAAUUUGAAUUGGAUGCAAUCUCGGGAAACAACUCUCAAAUCCCUAGUAUGGCGUGGUCGUGAAAAUGAAAUUCGUCCUUUUGGGAACCCAAAGGCAUCAGAUUCAGCAAAUCUCGAUAGUGCUGCUGAAUUAUUACUAAGAAGUGGCCGAAGCCCAGCAGAAGCUCUUAUGAUUCUUGUCCCGGAGGCUUACAAGAAUCAUCCUACAUUGAUGAUAAAAUAUCCAGAGGUUGUGGAUUUUUAUGAUUAUUACAAAGGGCAAAUGGAGGCUUGGGAUGGACCUGCCUUACUUUUGUUCAGUGAUGGAAAAACGGUAGGAGCUUGCCUUGAUCGAAAUGGUCUUCGUCCGGCUAGAUAUUGGCGAACUAUAGACAAUGUAGUUUAUGUUGCAUCAGAGGUAUACCUUUUGUUCAACCGUCUAAAAAUAGACAUGAAAUAUUAUUACUUUGCAUGCAACAAAGGUUUUUUGAUGAAUUACAAAGAAUGUCCAACUGGGCAUGUGACUUUUGGAGAUGGUCAGAAAGGUCAAGUAGUUGGAAAAGGAACAUUGAUGAUUCCUGGGUGUGUUGUCUAUGAUGAAGCUGGUCAGUGUGUUCUAACUGGUUCAAGAUCUUCAGACAAUUGCUAUUUGCUAGAGAAACUGGAACAAGAAACAUGGGAUUCAGUCAUGAAUUUUUCAGACACCAAAAAAACUCCUCAACAAAACGGAGUGGUUGAAAGGAAGAAUCGCACUCUCCAAGAGAUGGCUAGAGUUAUGUUGAAUUCAAAGAAGCUCUCUACAAGAUUUUGGGCGGAAGCAAUCAAUACGGCAUGCUACAUCAUCAAUAGAGUGUACAUUCGGCCUUCAACCAACAUGACACCAUAUGAAAUUUGGAAAGGUAAAAGGCCAAAUCUCAAAUACUUUCACGUCUUUGGAAGCAAAUGUUACAUUCUGAAUGAUAGAGAUCAGCUGGGAAAGUUUGACAAGAAAAGUGAUGAAGGAUUAUUCAUGGGGUAUUCUACAACUAGUAGAGCAUAUCGAGUGUUCAAUUCAAGAACCAAAAAGAUGAUGGAGACCAUUAAUGUUGCUGUUGAUGAUUUCUCUGAUAUGGAGACUCAAGGUACAUCAAGUGAGCCAAACAAGCAUAUCACUCAGAAUAGCGAAUUAGUAGAUGAAGAGUUACAGGCCGAAAAAAAUGUUGCAACACAGGGUUACAACACCAAUCUGCAACAACAUGUAUACUCGCUCGGGUUUCGAGACAGACAACAUAGUUAUAAUCGAUGUCGCAUAGCGAGUUACAACGAGAUGAAGUCAUUCCGAAUCGGGAUGACGAUGAAGAAGAUAAUGAAGACAGCAGUCUUGAACCAUCCUCAAGAAUAA